GAUUUUUUGAUGACGAUAAUGUUUUUCCUGAUAAUGAUAAUUUUUUUGGUGGCAAUAAUUUUUCUGAUAGCAAUGAUUUUUCGGGGGACAAUUUUUCUGGUGACGAUAAUUUCUUUGACAACAAUAAUUUGUCUUAUUAUCAUGGGUUUUCUGAUAACUACGAUAGUUCUGAUGAUUAUUAA